UGACAAAAAACACAAAAGAAAGUAUUAAUUAUUAAAACUAUCGGGCCAAAUCUUGACUUUCUUUAGAAUCGUGGUCGCUUGGAAAACUCUAAGCUCGACAAAUGUGCUCAAUGUUCCAGUCCAAACCUAUAUGAGAUUCAAGGAAUUACAAUCCAUCUCCUUCGGGAGGCUAACAACCAACACGAACCACCUCCGACCUACCGGUGGCGAUCAAGAGGAACCACAUUAUUGCUUGAACAACCGAUUCAAGAACCCGCAUAUGUUGUUCACUUGAGGCCACCCGAAGGCGAAGCUGGUCGUCCAAUAACCCCAACAACCUUACGAAACCUACUCCGGUUCGUCUAUGAAAAAAUUGCACUAAGAAAUCGCCCGUAUUGGUGCUACCAAUGUUGUUCACCCGUGGCACCGCUCUCUUCUUCUUCUGGAAUGGUAUGUGGUCAAUGUUUGGGUGAUAGAGUUAUGGAUUUCAAUGAUGCAACUAGAUACAAUCACCGGCUCAACUACUGGUGCUUUCCAUGUGGUGGAGGGGUUAGAGUCUCGUCUCCCGGUGAAAUAAUAUGUCCCCAAUGUUCCCGUCAAUUCAUGGUGUCCAUUCAUUCAUGGAGAGUGUUCGUCUUCCAAGGCGUAUCAUCAUGGCGAUUCACAAGUGUUUCUGAGUUCAGACGACCUGCGGACGGGGAACUAGUAAUGGGAAGAGGGUAUCUUUCUGGCCCGGGGGCAGCGGGUAUGGAACAACUCGCGGAGCAAAUGCUUGAUGAUGUUCCUACAGGCCUGCCACCCGCACCAGAAUCUAUUAUCGACGCAAUACCCAAGAGACAAAUCUCGGAGUCCCAUUUGGUAAACGAUAAAGCGUGCGCGGUUUGCUUGGAAGAGUUUGAGGCUGGGGAGGAAGCAAGAGAGUUGCCUUGCAAGCAUAUCUAUCACUCUGAGUGCAUCGUGCCAUGGUUGAGGCUUCACAAUUCUUGCCCCAUCUGUCGAAACGACGUGGACGAAAACGUAGCCGAGAAUGACACUGCAGAAAACACUCAAAGUAGCGAUCGUAACGAUGUGACAACGAAUGACAAUGAGAAUAUCAAUGACGAUGAUGAUGAUGAAGGUGACGAACGUGAAGUUGAGAUAGAGCGGGAUUUGUCCGAGCCCGAGCACGAGCAGGGCGGACAGGACCAUGGACAAAAUAAUGAGGGUGAGCAUGAGGAGAGGAGUGUUAGAAGGCGGUCGAGGUUAAGGCCGGCAACUGCAAUAUGCCCUUUUAAAAUGAGGGAUGUGGCUAUAGCAUUGAAGACAUUAUUUGGAGGAACACUAUUGAGGCAACUGUUAAUUGCUUUAAAAGUUGUGGUCUUUUGGAGCACUCUAGGGUAUAUCAAUAUCAAGAUUGAUCCACCUCCUCACCCUUGAUCUUAUUAUUGUAACUUCAUUUACUCCUAAUAUAUAUACUCCCUCUCUUCCGAAUUAAUCGUCCCUGUUUCACUUUGUAUAGUUCAAGAAAAAUUGUUGAAAAGUAAAAAAAAAACAUUAUAUUGAAAUAUAGUCUUAAUAUUCCU